UCUUCUUCUUUGGAUCAGACAGCUCUCAUGGGUACAACAGUAGAUAUCGAAAGUACAGUCAAAGCCCGAGAUUCACGUGUAGAUGUAACUAAAUUAGCUAAAGCUGAAGCUAAACUUCGAGCUAAAAGAGAAAAAAAGAAAGAUAAGUUUGUGGAAUUUGAAGAGAGUAGAUUAGUUAAAGCAAGAGACGCUCAAAAGAGUUAUGAAGAAUUGUUCUUAGAAGUUAAUCCUCUUAAUGCAGCUGCUCUUGCUAAAGGAAAAAGUAAAGAUGUUCAUGUUGAUAACAUUGAUGUUAACUUUGGUUCCAACAAGAUCUUAUCUAAUGCUAAACUUGAUUUGGCAUAUGGAAGAAGAUAUGGUUUGAUUGGUCGUAAUGGUAUUGGAAAAUCGACUUUACUUCGAAACAUGGCAUUACGAGAAGUGGCAAUUCCUACACAUAUCACGAUUUUAUAUGUCGAACAAGAAGUAUUAGGAGAUGAAACAUCUGCUAUCGAUUCAGUUCUAAAAGCUGAUGUUUGGCGAGAAAGGCUGUUAACAGAAGAAACCGAAUUAAACGCUACUUUAUCUGCUCCUGAUCUUCCAGGUGGAGCUGAUAGUGCAGAAGCUAGGGCUGCAAGUAGAGAACGAGAAUUGGCGGCUGUGAGAUUAGGAGAAGUUCAUCAAUUGUUGAUUGAUAUCGAUGCAGAAACUGGACCAAGUCGAGCUGCUGAACUUUUGGCUGGAUUAGGGUUUUCAGCUGACGAUCAAGGUCGUCCUACCAAAACUUUCUCUGGUGGUUGGAGGAUGAGAUUGAGUCUUGCACGUGCUUUGUUCUGUCGACCAGAUUUACUAUUACUUGAUGAACCGUCGAACAAUUUGGAUUUGAACGCUUUGGCUUGGUUAGAAGAUUAUCUUCAAACUUGGCCUGGAUCUUUACUUGUGGUUUCUCACGACAGAGCAUUUUUGGAUGCAGUGGCUACAGAUAUCAUUCAUCAACAUUCUCAGCGUCUGGAUUACUAUAAGGGUAACUUUACUCAAUUCUAUGCAACUAAAUCAGAAAGAGCCAAGAACCAAAGAAGAGAAUUCGAAGCUCAAGAACAAUAUAAAGCACAUCUCCAAGCGUUUAUUGAUAGAUGGCGUUAUAAUGCGAAUCGAGCAGCACAGGCUCAAAGUAAAAUUAAGAUUUUAGAAAAAUUACCUGAACUUGAACCACCUGAAGAUGAUGAUGUGGUUCAUUUCAAAUUUGCUUCGACUGAUAAAUUAACACCUCCUUUACUUCAAUUGAAUGAUUGUGCAUUUGGAUAUUCGGAUGAUAGACCGAUGAUUUUGAAAGAUGUGAAUAUUGAUGUGACGAUGGAAAGUCGAUUAGGUUUGAUUGGUCCUAAUGGAGCUGGUAAAUCUACACUUUUGAAAUUACUCAUUGGAGAACUACAACCUACAAGUGGACAACAGAAUCGGAAUAGUCGAUUAAGGAUCAGUUAUUUUGCACAACAUCAUGUAGAUCAAUUAGAUUUAAAUCUUUCACCGGUUUCAUUCUUAGCUUCAAGGAUGCCAGGCAAAUCAGAUCAAGAGUACAGAUCACAUCUAGGUAGUUUCGGUUUGACAGGUUUGACUGGACUUCAACAAAUCUCUACUUUAUCAGGUGGUCAGAAAUCUAGAGUGGCUUUUGCUUUAUUAAGUUUACAACAACCUCAUAUCUUGGUACUUGAUGAACCUACUAAUCAUUUAGAUAUCGAAGGUCUUGAUGCUUUAAUGGAUGCACUUUCUAAAUGGAAUGGUGGGGUUAUUGUCGUUUCUCACGAUAGUCGAUUUAUUCAUACUGUUUGUAAAGAACUUUGGGUGGUUGCAAAUCAAAAAGCUGAGAAAUUGUUAGUGAUUUUUGAUGCUUUUUCUGUUGAAAAUCAAUAA